CCUCUAAAAGAUUCACCUCUCAAGUGACCCAGAAGCUAUCAAAACGGCUCUUCCAAGGCCUCGGGGAAUAUCCCCACCGCCCCAGUAACCUUAGCAGCUUUUCUCUUGUUAGUCCAGUAACCGUACUUUUCAGUCUUGGCCCCACUGUAAGCUUGCUGUGUGACCUUGACCAAGUGGCUUUGCCUCUCUGGGCCUGUUCAGUCCGUUUUCGUGUAAGCUAGGGUUUCCCUACUUUGGGGGUGUUUAUAAAGAUUACGUGGUAAUUAGUUUUAAUAACAGCUAACCCAGCUGCAGCCUGUGGCUCAGAACUUGAGGUCUAGGUUUGUUCUUUCAACAAGUCAGGUUGGUCGGACGCCCAAUGUAUAGAUGAUGAAUGCAAGCCUGGUGUUGCUGAGACGAAUGAGGGAUCCCAGCUGUAGGGAAUUGGAGCUGAGGGAAUUGAAGGGGCUGCCUGGAUGGGGUUGUCACCGUAGCGCUUGGCCAUCUGUCCCCUAGGGUUAGUUCCUGAUCCCCCAGCAGCAUGGCGUCCUGGGCCGAGCCCUCUGAGCCCGCUGCCCGGCCGCCUGCGGGGGUCCCACCACUGGAGGACUUUGAGGUGCUUGAUGGGGUAGAAGAUGCAGAGGGGGAGGAGGAGGAAGAAGAGGAAGAGGAGGAAGAUGACCUGAGUGGGCUGCCACCACUGGAGGAUAUGGGGCAGCUGACAGUGGAGGAGGCUGAGCAGCCAGGAGCCCUGGCUCGGGAGUUCCUGGCCGCCACCGAACCUGAGCCAGCCCCAGCCCCAGCCCCCGAAGAGUGGCUGGACAUCCUGGGGAAUGGAUUGCUGCGGAAGAAGACGCUGGUCCCCGGCCCGCCAGGCUCUGGCCGCCCCCUCAAGGGCCAGGUGGUGACCGUGCACCUGCACGUGUCCCUGGAGAACGGCACCCGCGUACAGGAAGAGCCUGAACUGGCCUUCACGCUGGGAGACUGCGAUGUCAUCCAGGCCCUGGACCUCAGUGUCCCGCUCAUGGAUGUGGGCGAGACAGCCAUGGUCACCGCUGACUCCAAGUACUGCUACGGUCCCCAAGGCAGCAGGAGCCCGUACAUCCCCCCCCACGCAGCCCUGUGCCUGGAAGUCACCCUGAAGACGGCAGAGGAUGGACCCGACCUGGAGAUGCUGAGUGGGCAGGAGCGUGUGGCUCUGGCCAACCGCAAGCGGGAGUGUGGCAAUGCCCACUACCAGCGUGCUGACUUUGUGCUGGCUGCCAACUCCUAUGACCUGGCCAUCAAGGCCAUCACCUCCAGCGCCAAAGUGGACAUGACCUGUGAGGAAGAGGAGCAGCUGCUGCAGCUGAAGGUCAAGUGUCUGAACAACCUUGCGGCGUCGCAGCUGAAGCUGGACCACUACCGCGCAGCGCUGCGCUCCUGCAGCCAGGUGCUGGAGCACCAGCCGGACAACAUCAAGGCGCUGUUCCGUAAAGGCAAGGUGCUGGCUCAGCAAGGCGAAUAUAGCGAGGCCAUCCCCAUCCUGAGGGCUGCCCUGAAGCUGGAGCCUUCCAACAAGACGAUCCACGCGGAGCUCUCAAAGCUGGUAAAGAAGCGUGCUGCACAGAGGAGCACAGAGACUGCCCUGUACCGAAAGAUGCUGGGCAACCCCAGCCGGCUGCCUGCCAAGUGUCCGGGCAAGGGGGCCUGGUCCAUCCCAUGGAAGUGGCUGUUUGGGGCGACUGCUGUGGCCUUGGGGGGCGUGGCUCUCUCUGUGGUCAUUGCUGCCAGGAACUGACUGCCUUCUGCGCACCUGGACCCCGACCUGAGCUCCCCAACUCCCCCAGGCUCCCUGUCCACUGCCCUCCCUGGCCAAACCGCCUCCUCUGGGUUGGGGGGCAAGGUUGAGGGUCACGCACCCCAACAAGCAGGAAGGACUAAGGCCCUGAAGGGGGUGUGGGGUGCAGCCCAGAGGGAGGGGCCCUGGUCCUCCAGACCCAGUUGUCUGUCCCACAGCCCUGCCCUGGGGGGGUCAGGCCUGGGUUUCCCCCUCUUAGCAGGCCUGGGGCGGCCCUUACUACUAGUCCUGCCCAUCUGCCCUCCUGUCCAGGCCCCACCCCCACAGUGAAUGAAAUAAAGCCUCACCCCGCA